GUGCCAGGAUUAGAACCAAGGCGACCAAGGCGACCAAGGCAGACGCACUAACCAGAUUGCGCGACGAUAAGACGACAAGCAUGAAAAUGAUGUUUCGAAGUUCAGUUAUGAAGUUGCAGGACCUCCACGCUAGACGGAGAACGACUCCGUCCAGUGGAUGUGGGCGCUGGGGAUCGUCUACGUUGGAUUGGAUUGCACCAUGUGGUGUUCGCUGGGUUACCACGCUUCGAUGGUGGGCGUGUAGUAAGUCGAGUCUAGUCCCUCGAAUAUUGAAAUCCGAUGGUGGAUAGAACGUGGGAGGGAGGGCAAUUGGGGGACGAGAAGACAGCGAACCGAGGAGGUCGAAGUUCACGGCAGAUCCAGCGCAGGCGUCUGCAAUGGACGCGAGGAACUUCGUCUUAUGUCAGUUUGAUGAACCUGAUUUGUUGCUCAUAGAUAUGUGUGAGUAAAAGUAUAUAUAUAUUAUUAUAUAUUCAAGUUACUCAAGACAAAUGAUGAACAAAGAUUUG